AUGUUCGGAAAAGACAAUUCUCCUGAAGAGUUCGAACUAGAUGCUCACUUUCAGGACCAGGAGCAUGACUUGCGACGAUCUGAAGAUUCUCUGGACAGUCGAUUAUCAAAUGCUUCCGAAUUCUCGUUGGUAUUUGAGGAACUCGAAGAGGGAGCCAAAGUUGUGGACAGUGAAAACAUAGACCUGUUUAUCAAUAAUCCAAUAUUUCAGAUUGCAUUAAGAAUAUACGGUGAUAAUAAGAAGUCAAGAAAAUGGCUAUUAAGUUUCGGAUGUGGCCUUGUGGCCUUUAUAUGGUUAGUUGGACUCGUUUUCUACUCGAGAUUGCUGGUCAAUACAUCAGAAAGAAUAUGGGAGGGACACAUAAACAUUGGUGGGAAAGAUAUCAAGCUCAAUAGCUUUAGCUUGAAGUUUCAGAACGUGACUAUGGAAAGCUAUAGAGAAGGUGCAUAUUAUACCUCUAAUUUACCGAUCACUUGGUUAGAUGAAUCACAAUACCCAAAACAUAGAAAAGGAGAAGGGUACUAUUUAAGUAGAAAUGUGAACGAUUCGUUUGUUAUAAAAGAUAUUAAAAAUAAAGAAAAUAGGGUUUUGAUUGAAGAUCUGCAAUUUCGGUUCAGGAAGGCUGUAUAUUAUGCUCAAGAAUUGAAAUUGAACCCCAGGAAACCAUUCGACGAUAGAUCAACAUUUCACAUAGUGAUAUCUGAUUUAUCUGACAAAUGGAGACAUCUGACGCUUGGACAUUAUUGGCUAUUCAACUCAAAUACUUCUGAAUAUGCCUCAAUUCAACCCCCUUUAGACUUAGACGACCUAAAGGACGAGACUAGUGUCAAACCAUUGCAGAAGCUUCAUUUCGCUGAAUUUUCUCCCACUGGAGAUGAGAUUAUAUUUGGCUAUAAGCAUAAUUUGUAUAUUCAGAUUUUGAGUACUGGUGAGAUUAUUCCAGUCACAGAUGAUGGUGGUCCGGAUAUUUUCAACGGAAAGCCAGAUUGGGUUUAUGAAGAAGAGGUUGCUGCUAACGAUAAGUUAUUCUGGUGGUCUCCUGAUGAAGAUAACUUGAUAUACGCAAAGAUAGAUGACACUGGUGUCGCUCGCUAUGACAUAAACUAUUAUAUGGACCAUUCAGAUGAAGUAUUACGCUCAUCAGAAAGCAAUAGCGUUCUUCAAUAUCCCGAGAAGAUGUCUUUGAGAUAUCCAAAACCAGGCACGAAUAAUCCUAAAUUGACGUUACAUAACUUCAAGUUUUCCCAAAGGAAAAAUUAUGAGUUGAACUGUGUACUUAAUAAUGUAGGAAGUGACUUCAUUCUUUAUGAUGCCAUUUGGAUUGAUUCUGAGCACUUCUUGAUGAAAAUUAGCGACAGGACUAGCAAAAUACUUUCAAAACAAAUAGUAAACCCCAAGAGGUCUUCGCGAGUCAGGGAAGUGAGUACUUUUAAUGCCUCUUUAGAAUUCAAUGGUUGGAUAGGGAAACAGACUCUGAUGAGAGUUAUCCCACAGGACCGUGGUAUCAACAGCUAUGUUGAUAAAGUUACUGUAAAUGGCCAAACUCACUUGGCGAUAUUCGAGAAAGCCUCUUCAGCUCAGUACUCACGAUUGUUGACCAAUUCGUCUGAGUGGGGACUUGUGGAUGGAAGUCCUAUUGCGUAUAAUGCAGAUGAAAACUUCAUCUACGUAUUAACGACUAUGAGGAGUUCAUUGGAUGCACACUUGAUAGCUAUUGAUUUGUCUCGAUAUAAGGAUAAUAUUUAUUCGGUUACGGGCAUUCAGAGAGACGGAAAAUACAAAGCUAAGUUCAGCUCAAAUGGUAAUUACGUUGAACUACGUUACUUGGGACCAAAACCUCCAUGGCAAAAACUAAUAAAUAUGAAGAAUGUUCAUAUGUAUUUCGGAUCGAAUGCUUAUACGAUAAAAGCUGGUACUGAUCCUAUAAUAGAUGAAAUUGAACCUAUUAACGAUUAUAAUAAUACAUGCAAAGAAUUGCAGAAUUCAAAUGUCCCAACUAAGUUUUAUAGGACGAUAAAAGUGGAGGGCGACGGGGUUCCUGGUGAGACUCUCAACUAUAUCGAGAUUUUGCCUCCGAUGUUUGAUCCUGAGUACAAAUAUCCAUUGUUGGUGCAUGCAUAUGGUGGCCCAGGAUCACAAAUCGUGGACAAGUCUUUUUCGAUCGCAUUCGAAGAUAUAGUAAGUUCGACGUUGAAUGCAGUAGUAAUUAUCAUUGACCCAAGAGGUACUGGUGGAAAGGGUUGGAAUUUCAUGUCUUAUGCAACAGGAAAUAUUGGUUACUGGGAGCCGAGGGAUAUAAUUGCAUCGACUUCUUCCUAUAUCUCGACUAAUGAGAAGUUCAUCGACAAGCAGAAGGUAGCCAUAUGGGGUUGGUCGUAUGGUGGCUUUACUACACUCAAGACAUUGGAAGUAGAUGGAGGAAACACUUUUAAAUAUGGUAUGGCAGUGGCCCCAGUCACAAAUUGGAUGUUCUACGAUUCAAUUUAUACCGAACGAUACAUGAAUCUACCUUCAGCUGAUACUGGUUACAAUAAAUAUGCCCUUAUCUCUAAUUAUGCAAAAUUCAAGGCAUCUAAGAGAUUUUUAAUAAUGCAUGGCACUGCAGAUGACAAUGUACACUUACAAAACCUGAUGUGGUUACUUGAUAAGUUCGACUUGAAUAAUGUUAAAAAUUAUGACGUUCACUUCUUCCCCGAUAGUGACCAUUCAAUUUAUUUCCAUAAUGCUAAUCCUAUCGUCUACGAUAAGCUUCUUAAUUGGUUAAGAAGUGCAUUUGACGGAAAAUUUGAUGGCCACACAUAA